AGUUCAGUUUUGUGUUUUAUAGUUUUAGGUUUAUCUGCCCUCCUUUGGUUCUGUUUCUACAUUUAGAUAAUUGUUGUCACCUGUCUUCCCUCCAGCCCUCACUCCACACACCUGCUUCCUGUUUCCCUAAUUGUUCCUCCCAGUGUAUUUAAGCCCUGUCUUGUCUCUGUGUUGUGUCAGUCCAUUGUUAUGUUAUUCUGUCAGUUUCGUCUCGCUUUGGAUUACUAGUGUUUUUGGCCUUCUCGUGUUCUCUAGUGUUUUUUGGAUCUCCAAACCUUUAUCUGGAUUUUUGGAUUUUGGCUUCCAGCCUUUUGGAUUUAUUUUUGUUUUUGGUUCUCCUUAAAAUAAAGGAUUUUACUUAAUCUUCAUCCCUGCCUCGUGUCAUCCUGGGUUACUGCAUUUUUGGGUCCAAACCAUCUUCGUAUCGGGACAGAAUGGACCGACCAACCCAGGACCCAGCAGAACCUCCAGGUAUGUUGGGCAGCAAUCGUUUCACCGGCGCUUCUCAGAACUACAGCACCCUGCUGCUAGAGGAGGAUUCUGGGCUUCUUUAUGUGGGAGGCAGAGGAGCUUUAUACGCUCUCAACACCUCCAACAUCUCCACACCUGCAAACCCCACAAUUAAUUGGAACACUAUCCCUGAACAGAAGAAGCAGUGUCUGAACAAAGGCAGAGACAAUCAGACAGAGUGUUACAACCACAUCCGCUUUCUGCAGCACUAUAAUGAAACUCACCUGUAUGUCUGUGGGACAAAUGCCUUCAAACCUCUCUGUGCUUAUAUAGAUUCAGGGAGGUUCAACUUCUCUUCCGAUUUUGAAGAGGGCAGAGACAGGUGUCCAUAUGACCCAGCCAAAGGAUACACCGGCCUCCUCAUUGAUGGUGAAAUGUUCACGGCCUCUCAGUAUGAAUUUCGGAGUUCACCAGACAUCCGAAGAAACUUCCCCUUCCCUACCCUCAGGACAGAGGAAGCCCCAACCCGCUGGCUUCUAGAGGCAGAUUUUGUAGGAUCUGUGCUGCUGAAAGAGAGCAUCAACAGCUCUAUCGGUGACGAUGACAAGAUUUACUUCUUCUUCACUGAGAGAAGCCAGGAGCAGGUUGCUUACCCGACCCAGACCAAAGUUUCGCGGGUCGCCCGAGUCUGCAAGAAUGACUGGGGAGGACAGAGGACUUUGCAAAGGAAGUGGACAACCUUCCUCAAAGCCAGAAUGGUGUGCUCUGUCCCAGAAUAUGAGCUGCACCUCAAUAUCCUGCGUGAUGUUUUUGUUCUGCAAGGGCGAGAUGCUCAAAGCAGCAUUUUUUAUGGCAUCUUUGGUCUGGAAUGGAAGAAUAUCAAAGCUUCUGCCAUCUGCCAGUACUCCUUCUCAGAUGUGCACAAAGUUUUCGAAGGACCUUAUAUGGAGGUGCAGGAUUCAAAGUGGAGGGAAUACACGGGAAAAGUUCCAGAGCCUAGGCCGGGAUCUUGUAUAACAGAUCUGCAUAGAUCCCAGAACAUAAACUCAUCUCGAGACCUCCCAGACAACGUCCUCACCUUCGCCCGGAGGCACCCGCUGAUGGCCAAUCAGGUGCACUCCAUGGGCAAGCGCCCACUCAUGUUCAAGAGGAGCGUCAACUAUGUGAAGAUCGUGGUGCACAAGGAGCCAGCCCUGGAUGGGAAUCUGUAUACUGUUUUGUUCUUAGGAACAGAUGAUGGAUGGCUGCACAGAGCUGUAGAUGUUGAUGGACAAAUGCACAUCAUAGAGGAGCUGCAGAUAUUUGACAAACCACAGCCUGUGGAGAACAUGGUCAUUUCCCGAGCUCAGAGGAGCAUCUACAUUGGCUCCCACUCAGGAGUCGUUCAGGUACCGAUAUCCACCUGUCAGAGGUACACUUCCUGCUAUGACUGUGUGUUUGCCAGAGAUCCCUUCUGUGCCUGGGAUGGCAGAGCAUGUGUGGAAAUAUCUUCACGUUCUCAGAGGUCAAAUUUGACUCAGGACAUCAAUAAAGGAACCAGAGGCUGUAAGGAGAAUUCAGGAAAUGUGGUACAUCGGAGGCGCUCUGUUAUGUCGGGUGAUGAUGUGCUGCUCCAGUGUGAACUACGCUCAAAUCUGGCGACUCCACGCUGGACUCUAAAUGGCAAGGAGCUUCAGGGAUAUGGGUUAAAUUCAGGCUACCGCAUCGGCACGGAUGGCCUCCUUAUGAUUGGCGCUCGCCCCCAACAAAGCGGAUCAUAUCGCUGUUUUGCUGUGGAGAACGGCGUCUCUGUUCUGAUUUAUCUCUACACAGUAAGGGUUCACACAGAUCCAUUCUUCCCUGUGGAGCCCACAGACACAACUGAUCCAUCCACGGUCUCCAGUCCAACUGUUUUCACCACUGUGAGCCCCACAGAGCAGCCAUUACCUUCACCUCCUGCCCCGCUGCCUCCAGGAGCUGAGUUCCAGAUAUACAGACAUAUGGAGGCUGUCUACAUCUCGCUAGUGGCAGUUCUCGGAGGGCUUUGCUUGGUCUUGACUGUAGUGCUGCUUUAUGUGAGCUUCUGCACCAGGCGGACCACUCAGAGCCGGAAGUUUUCCCACCAGGGUCUGCAUGUCCUGGGGUCCUCUGACAGAAAACGAAGCUCCCAUCUGGAACUUAAAACGAUCUCCAGCCACUAUAAUGGCCGUCAGGGCCGCAGGUCCAUCUCAGUGCCGAUGUUUAGUGAUAGCUUCCUCCAGAUUGUUCCCUGCGAGGAUGACAUGUCUCCAGCCAAAACACCUCCCCCAGCUCCUCCUCUUCCUAAUCCACCUCCACUUCCAGACAUGGACUACGCCAACGGGCUUUCUGCCACUCUGCCCAGUGUUCUGAGGAAGAUGAACGGGAACAGCUAUGUGCUGUUGAGGCAGGCCGACCCUGAGGGCAUGUCGCCGCUCUACCACUCAUUCACAGAGGAGCUCAACAGGAUCCUGGAGCAGAGGAAACACACACAGCUGGACCUGCAGCCUGAUGAGAGCUCCAUCUAGGAUGUCCCUCUCAGUCUCUGUCUCACAACCUGAUGGUGAUCCGAAGUUGUUGGAAGAAUUGAAAUGACCCAGUGUCAGUGUUCCUGCAGAUCAAGUCCCAACUUCAUCUGAAAUCCACAGCCUUCUGGAUCUCACCACAGUUUAGUUGCUCAUAAAUUCACUGUAAUGAUGGACAAAACUAACCAGAGACUGAGGUCCAAAAUGUGGAGCUGGGAAAAGUUUGCAACUGUACUAACGGAUAGCACUUAGGAGCGUUAUGACGCAACCUCAGAGGAAACUUUAAACAAAGUCUGACGCACAUACAGGUGGAAAAUUGGAAACUUUUAGAGUUUUUAGCAACCUGUGAAGUUUGAUCUUUGUGUAGCGAUACUCAUCCAGACAUGUACCUUGUGAAAAUAUUUAUAUACCUGCUAUUUGAGAACCAGAACUUGUUUAUUAUGACACUUUCUUCCUCUAAAGAGUGCUCAUUGACUCUACAGAAAUGAUCACUAGACAUUUCUAUGAUGCUUAGUAAUGAUUUUAGUGUUAAAUUUUUUCCAAAGUGCAAAACAGAAAGUCAACAAACUGCCGUGAUGCUUAGUUUCUCAUUCCUUGUGCCAAAAUGAAAAAUUCUACUUAGUAUUAUUUUACCUGAAAAGGGAGCAGUGAACAUUUUUCUUUAAAGUCUUUUGUUUGCUAAUUCAUAUAACUGUCUCACUCAAUUCUAUGGAUUUUCUUGUGAUAACUUCACUUAAAAACAACACCUUUAUCACUUGAUGUUGUUAAAUUGCAUCGAAUACUAUUUUAAAUUCUGAGACUUUUUUUUAAACUUUUUACAGUCUCUCUUAUUUGUCCCUUACAGAUUUCUAAAACAAUGUUUUGUCACACUUAAAGAGCAAGUAACACCUAAAUUAAAUUUUUUUUGCUGAUAACCUAUAUAGACGAGUGUCUAAUGGUGCUGUGUAAUCAUUAGUGUGGCAGUUUAGAGCAACUUACUUUAGAUUUAAUUUUUCAGCCCAAAAACCCUAAUUAUAUCUCCAUCUUCAGGUUAAAAUCUCUGCUCCACAUUUAAUUAGAAUCAGCUGUGGCUGAUGGCUAAGCUGAAAAACAUGACGUUGCACUGGUCUCCAGGUGAGGCAGCUGCACCUCGAGCUGGCUCAACCACUCACCUGCCGAUAUGACACGUUGGCACUCGGAGCCGCUUGCCUCCUUGAAAAAAAUGCCCUCCUCCCCUUUUCAUCUAAUGAUCACGGUUAACAGGAAAUCCUCCAGAAUGCUGCAGAAUCUACGUCUGCUCUUGUGUCUCCACCCAUGCCUUGACUUCAAGGUGCAUUAUGUAGAAAAGACGUAAAAAUUACAUGCUGUGGUAAAAUUUGGUUACUGCAACCAUUUUAAACAGCUCUGGAGCUUUUUGCCGGUCGUCGUCAAAUUACAAUGUUCGGCGCUGCAGUAUUAGCUCACAGGCAACACGGCGACCCCACACUCACUGAUGGUAAACAGCAGUUACGUCCCUCCUUCUUUUGUUCGGAAAAGAUAAAAGCUGACAAUCCCAGCAUUAGCUGCAUAUGAAAUAUAUUUCAGUAUAACCUUCCUUCCAAAAUGACUGAAACAUUAGACUCUUUUGGGAUUUUGUCACUGUAAAAUUGUCACUAUAGUUUUACAUACUGCCCCUUUAAACGUUUCAGCUCAUCAAAUUAUAUUGAGUAUCUGAAAAAGAUGAACUGAGUAAAUACAAAAUGCAAUUUUUUAAUUAUUUAAUGUCGCUUUUGCUAGAACAGUUCGCAUUGACUGUGAAGCGGCUGGGAUGAAGACCUUAUUUUGUCUCAAAUGGCCAUUUGAGGUGGCUCUGGCAUCUAGUUAGGAUGUCUCCUGGACGUUUCCCUGGUGAGGUUUUCUAGUCACGUUCACCCAGGUCUAGACCCAAAGGAAGACCCAGGGCACGUUGGAGGGACUAUGUUUCUCGGCUGUCCUGGGAAGACUGUGGAUGAGCUGGCCCGAGAGGCUGGGGAAAUCUGGGCCUCCUUGCUUGGGCUGCUGUCUCUGUGACCCGAUCCCAGAUAAGUGGAAGAAAAUGGAUACAUGGAUGGAUGUUUGAUUUAAUUUAGUUUGAAUUUAUUCACACUCACCUGGCUAUAUGUAAAAAUGUAAUUGAUCCCUAAACUUAACUGGAAGCAACAGCCGUAAUCCAACAUUUGUUACUAACUGCUAAUGGGUCUGUUACAUCACUCAGGGCUUUCCGGCAUGAACAGCAUGUUAAAGGUCAAAGGGCAGAUGUUGUCUUUCUGGGGGGGAAGAAUUUGCGAUUUCAUCAGUUCCAGGUCCUGAAGCAACAAAAACAGCCUCAGACCAUCACACCACCACCAUGUGGUAAAAGAUGGUUCUAGAUCGCAUCCAGGAGCUCAUAAAAUGGAUAAAACUCAAGAAUGUUUCAAUUCAGAGAAGAUGAGCCAGUCAAGUGAAUCAGCCAUAAAAAUAAUAAAUUUUAGCUCUGAAAGACAAUCUGCAAUAAUUCAUGCCCAUGAAAGUAUUUGAUUUUGUAGAGAUGGAUUUUAUGAGGAGUUGCGAACGUAACAGACAUUUUCAAAUGAAUGUUUCUCAAGAAAAUACCUGAGAUGAACUGGAGGGUAAAUGCCUAAAAACUUUGCUGGAGGGAAGAUUUUUCUGAUAUUUUUACCAUUCCUCACGAUAAAUGUUUUCUUCUUCAGAAUCAAACCAUGACCACUUCUCACUUUUGACAAUCUGACAUGGUAGACGGCUUUUUCUGACUUGUGACUUCUCCAUAAGUCACCCUUUUAUGACCCUUGUAAAACGGAACAUUUUUGACUGGGACGUUGUUUUGCUGAAAAGCACAAGAGAAACAUUUUUGAGCAAAUUUUCUAAACCACUUUUCAGUCAUUUAUCUCAUGUAAUUAGAAAUAAUUGCAUCACUGUUGCAGCAGUUAAUGUGUUGUGUCAGUGGAAGCACCUGCUGCAGGCCUAAUAUCCGUCUUUCUGUUUCAGCAUCUGUGUCAGAAAAGAGAUCCAUGAAACAUUUGACUGGUUUAUCUGAAUGAUACAAACAGGAACAUAUGAAACUAAAGACAGAGAGAAUGCCUUUAAGUAGAUGCUUAAGUUAGCUAUUUAUAUUUUCUUUGGAGAUAAGUAUUUAUUUCACGUAUUUACUUGCCGUUUCAAACUCCAAAAUGAUCGUUUUAGCUGUAAAUCCAUCUCAGAGGGAUAGGCGUGACUCAAGUCAGGCGACAGAUCACAGACCUUCACACCUGCAAGCCAUAAAACCAUUCUUUGUGUUUACCUGACAUCAAGUCAGUGCAUCGCCAAAACAAGAACUGCAGCGCUUACAGUAUCCCCCUGACAAGAUGAACUGCGCUAUGAUUAAGCAGCGCACAUGGAAGGGACUGAAAUGAAUCUUGGAGCAGUUUGUAAAUGUGUCACAGACAGCUGUGAAUAAAGAUCUGCUUCUCAGUAAAGUGUUGAAUCAGCAGCAGCUUCGUUGUGAUGACCUGCAGCCUGCAUCUGUCAGAGCAUCACUGACAGUAACGACACUGUUUGGCUCACCUCCGUGAGGACAGGACACAAACCUUUUUGUCUAUUUUUGCAUUAGCUGCUGUCAUCUCAGCAGGAAGAAGCAGCAGCAGCAGCCUGUAAACACCUGACAGGUGUUCCGGCUAACAUCUUAAUUCAAAGCACAUUUAAUUGUUUAUGUUUUUACAAUUUUGGGGUUUAUUUAGUUUAUGAUCUCUAACUGUGAUGUUCUCUUGUUUUAUACUUUAAUUUUGCAUAUUUGUGUUUCUUCACACUUGGAAUUAUUUUCAGCUAAGUGUUUAUUAUGUCUGUUAUAGACGGCUUUCUGACCAGCCUCCGUUUGAAGGAAUACAUUUUGCAAUCUAAAGACUAGAGCAGAUUCCUGAUCAGCUAAUCACACAUUGUGGUGAUAAAAACUGAUUCAUGUCUGAAAACCUGUACACAGCUGCCAGCUUGUUAUUGUUUGGUUAUUUUGGCAGAAGCAUCUGUAAUUCAAGCUGGACUUGACCCCUGGAUACACCAGAACGGCUCCAUGUUGCUACUGCUGGCGAUAGCCUAUUUAUGCUUGAAAAUAACAGAAUUACAAAAUGUAUUAAGGAAUGCUGCAUAAACAACUUUAAAGGGAACAAAGUAUGCAAAACUAGUUUACAGUGAGUGUCUGGAUUUUGGUUGAUGGUAUUCUGGACCAUUCUUUACAAAACAUCUAGAUCAUUGAGGCUUCUGAGCACGGACAGCUCUCUUUAACUGACACCACAGAUUUUCAAUAAUACUCAGGCUUGUUGUCUUGUUGAAAGAUCCAGCUCCAGUGCAGCUUCAGCUUUGUCACUGAUUUCUGGACAUUGGUCUCCAAAAUCCGCUGACAUUGAGUGAUGCGUCCCUCAACUUUAACAAGAUUCCCAACACAGCCCCACAGCAUGAUGGAACCACCACCAUGUUUUACUGUAGGCGGUUGUUUUUCUUGGAAUGUUGUGUUCUUUUUCCUCCAUGCAUAAAGUUCCUUGUUAAGCCCAAACAACUCAGUUUUAGUUUCAUCAGUCCACUGCACCUUAUUCUAACAUGAAGCUGGCUUGUCCAAAUCUGCUUUAGCAGACCUCAAGCAGUUCUGUUUGUGCUGUGGGUGGAGAAAAAGCUUCUUCUGCAUCUCUCUCACAUGCAGCAUCUCCUUUUGUAAAGUGCGUCAAGUAGUUGAAAGAUGCAGAGUGACUCCAUCUGCAGCAAGAUGAUGUUGUAGGUCUUUGGUGCUGGUCUAUGGGUUGACUCUGACUGUUCUCACCAAUCUUCACUUCUAUUCAUGUGAAAGUUUUCUUGUUCUGCCACUUUGAUUCUUAACUUGAACUGAGCCUGUGGUCUUACAUUUCCUCAAUAUGUUCCUGACUGUGGAAACAGACAGCUGAAAUCUCUGAGACAGCUUUCUGUGUCCUUUCCGUAGGUCAUGAUGGUGAACAAUCUUUGUUUUCAGCUCAUGUGAGAGUUGUUCUGAGACCCCAUGUUGCUGCUCUUCAGAGAAUAUUCAAAGAGGAGGGACACUUACAAUUGGCCCCUUAAAUACUUUUUCUCAUAAUUGGAUUCACCCAUGAAUGGAGGUCAAAGGUCACUGAGCUCACCAAACCAAGUGUAUUUUCCAAUAAUUAUUUGUAAAGGUUUUGGAAUCAAUAAUAUGUCCAAAUUUAUGCUCCUGCCUAAUUUUGCUCAAACAAUUUUUUCACAUUUUCUGUAAAUUCUAUAAAUGUUUCACUUCUCAAAUACCACUGAGUGUGUGUGUGUGUGUGUGUGUGUGUGUGUGUGUGUGUGUGUGUGAGUGUGUCUGAUAUAUUUCACUGAAAUGUUUUAUAACAAGCAACAGGAAAACCAUGAAGAUUAACAAGGCUGCCCAAACUUUUGCGUCACACUGUAUGUGAGCUUCUCAGCUUAUAGCAGCCUAAAGGGUGGGCGUGACCAGCUCCAGUUAGUUGUUUUUUUUAAGUGACAGAGCCCUGAAAAUAAUCAUUCGGGAAGGUACUGAAAAUGUCAAGGACAAAAUGCUGGUGAAGGUUCUCUGUCAGGACAAAACUGCUGAGAUCCCUUCAUGUGGGAAGAAUUUAGUGCAAAGAAUGUUAUAAACAUGUUUUUAUAUUAAAUAGAACCAUUAUAACCUAAGAAGAAAGUCAUUUUAUAUCCCCUUUAAAGUUUUGGAGAAUAGAGCUUUUUUAGGUGGCAACGACAAACUUUGGUCUUGGCUGUCCUCAGAAAAGUUCUAAACUCUCUUUCUCCAAACAGAAGCUGUUCAGAAAGCCUGCCUACAACCGCUAAGAUGGUGAUUAUUUAUAACUUUUACAUAGAAAAAAACCUUAAAGAGGCCACCAUAGCUUUCAGAGUGCUGGGUCUAUACUGCCAUAUUUUACAGACCAGUUUCACAAGAUACUUUAUGACUGUAGACAUGUUUAAAAUCGUUUCUUUGCAAUACGUCUAUGGUACAUACCAGUGGGAUUCUUAGGUUUCUGCUCAGGCUUUUGGCCAAAUAGUUUGUUCUGUGAAAUGUCUGGAUGUCCUGCAUGUAUUGCUUCUUUAAAAUGUAUUCUGAAGUUUGUAUUCAUUCUAUUUGACAAAACCUCUUGAAUAUAUUCAUUUGUUUAUUUUGCAACAAGCUUAGAGCUUCAAAAGUUUGUGAACAGUUUGUGUUCUCCCCAGAUGUAUUUGGAUUUAAAUGCAUAUGUUGAUGCAUUCAGCUAGUUUUAACAGUGAGGUGUGUAAAUGAUGUAGUAAAAGACAAGCUUCUGUCAUUUCAGGCAUUGUUUUAUAUAAAUGAACCUAAACAUCUGUAACUCCUUCCUAAAAUACAUCAGAUUUGUUGCAAAUUUUAAAUGUAUUUUUGUAAAAAGCUGACAUCUGUGGAAAGUUUAACCCAGAUAUGUAUCAAUGAUGGCUGCAGCUGCACAGAAGAAUGUGCUGCUACUCCAGAGUUUGGAAAAUGAAGGUCCUUUUGCAAUCAAAGGGAAUUUGAUUUGUCACCUUAGCAACCUGGUGUGUAGCUCUUUCAGAGGAAUUUAAUGGCUUUUCAAGAUCUUUUGCAGCUUUUAUCACACAACCUUCUAGCUUGCAAGAAUCUAUUUAUUAUCAGAAAGUUGCUGAUGUGCUGUGUGGAGACUGUGCUGCUGAUUGUCAGGACAAAGAAACAAAAGUAGACUUUUUAUCAUUACACUUGUCAGCUGCUGUCAUAUUACGAUGAAGGAACACCUCAAGUUAAUAGAAAAGCUCAGAAGACAGACAUUCUGCAUAAAGCUCUCUUAUACUGACAUAACAUUCAAAAAGAUGACUUGAAUUUCAUCUAGACUGUGUCGACAUUCUUCCUGCUGCAAGAAAAAAAUAAAACAACUAGAUAAAAAAUGAAACAAGCGAAUGCAUCAGUAUCUCACAACAAAAUUCAAGUGAACUCGUUGCCAAAGCUGCCGUCCAGCUUUUAAUCAGCUUUUUGUCCUUUUUUAUUCUCCUCUCCCUUCAGCUCUGCAGCCUCUUUACCUUCCCCGUCUCAUUACCUCUACAUAAAAGUUUUAUCCAUUAGCCCCUCCAUUCACUUUCACACACUAGCUCAAGGACCCUGUCGAAUGACAGCUAAUCAAUUAGAGACAGAUUUCUAAGAUCCUUCAAGUUUGUGCUUUCAUAAAGGCAGAAACUGGAGGUUAGUGAGAAUCCUGACAUGUAGUAAGUAGUAAAGGGUAUUUUUAUAUUUCUUGCUUAUGUAAAGCAAUGCUAUAACAAUUUUAUUUGAAUAAAAGCUGUAAAGAUGUUGCAUUUUGCAAGAAUUAAAAACAAUUCCAGCUUCUCUUGGUUCUACGGGAAA